AUGUCAGUCUUGAAGUUGAGUUUCGAUAAUUUGGAAUCACCAGCACUGAAGCAAUGUUUUUCAUAUUGCUCAGCGUUCAAGAAAGAUGCCAUGAUGGAAAGAGAUGACUUGAUUCAACUUUGGAUGGCUCAAGGAUUCCUCCAUCCUUCUGAAAAAAGUAAUCUAGAGAUGGAGGAUAUAGGUAAUGAAUAUUUUGAUAUUCUAUUCCAAAGAUCCUUAUUUCAAGAUGCUAGACUGGAUGUUGAUGGCAUUGUUAUUAAAUGCAAGAUGCACGAUCUCAUACAUGAUCUUGCAGAACGUGUAUCCGAAACUGGAAGCAUGAUGCGAGACUUCCACGAGGAUGAAGAUGUUGCAACUCCCAUUAUAGAAAGAAUUCCAGAAGGAAGUAGUGGGAAAUUGAGAUCACUGUUUUUGAAUGCUGAAGCACUACCUGGAAACAUGUUGCCACGGUUUAAAGCUUUACGUGUCUUGAAAUUAUACAAUGCAUAUUUUAUUGAGGAGCUUCCAAGUUCAAUCGAAGAGCUGAAACGCUUGAGAUAUCUUGGCAUUUCCUUUACAAAUAUCGAAAGACUCCCAAAUUCUAUUGGCAAGCUAUAUAACCUACAGACAUUAAGAGCAACAUGCCGCAAUCUUAAAGAAUUUCCAAAAGACGUGCAAAACUUGAUCAACUUGAGACAUGUUUAUUGUUAUGAGGAAACGAAAUUUCCAGCUGGAGUAUUAGGGAGAUUAACUAGCCUUCGAAAAUUACCUUAUUAUUAUAAGGAUUAUAAGGUGAAGGGUAGGGAAAUUGAGGAGCUGGCUGCCUUGAAUCAAUUGAAGGGUAAAUUGAUUAUUUGUAAUUUGGAAGACGUAAGGAAUGGAGAUGAGGCAAGUAAAGCUAAAUUAGAGGAGAAGAAAAAGAAGGCCUCCAGCCGCAUUCUGAGUUGGAAAGGCUAG